AGCCGCCGGCCCCGAGUAACGCCGCCGGCCCCGGAGCCGCCUUGGAGGCCCCCCUCCCCAACAAGUGCCUCUUUGUACCACACCGGCCUCCACCCCGCCCCGCAUUCACUGGUCCCACCACACGCAACAGGCCAUGGCGGGUCGGGGAGGCGCAGCGCGACCCAAUGGACCAGCCGCGGGAAACAAGAUCUGUCAGUUUAAGCUGGUCCUGCUGGGGGAGUCUGCAGUGGGCAAGUCCAGCCUUGUCCUGCGCUUCGUCAAGGGGCAAUUUCAUGAGUACCAAGAGAGCACAAUUGGAGCGGCCUUUCUCACACAGACCGUCUGCUUGGACGACACGACAGUGAAGUUCGAGAUCUGGGACACAGCUGGCCAGGAGCGGUAUCACAGCCUCGCCCCCAUGUACUACCGGGGGGCCCAGGCUGCCAUUGUGGUAUAUGACAUCACCAACACAGACACAUUUGCACGGGCCAAGAACUGGGUGAAAGAGUUACAGAGGCAGGCCAGCCCCAAUAUCGUCAUUGCACUCGCAGGCAACAAGGCAGACCUGGCCAGCAAGAGAGCCGUGGAGUUCCAGGACGCACAAGCCUAUGCAGACGAUAACAGUUUGCUGUUCAUGGAGACCUCAGCAAAAACUGCAAUCAACGUGAAUGAAAUUUUCAUGGCAAUAGCCAAGAAGCUUCCCAAGAACGAGCCCCAGAAUGCAGCUGCUGCUCCAGGACGGAACCGGGGUGUGGACCUCCAGGAGAACAACCCAGCCAGCCGGAGCCAGUGCUGCAGCAACUGAGCCCUCUGCCUGCCCACUGCCCCCGCCUCCUCCGCCUGGAUGACCCGACUGGAAUCCACUCUAACCAAUCGCACUUAACGCUUCAGGCCGCCGCUGGGGGCAGGGAGAGGCUCCACCAUGAUUUCUCCAUGUAACUUUGAUCAUAGGCCGGAGUGAGGUCUUCCACCUGCACCUUUCUGUACAAAUACUAAUUCAAUUUUAAGUCUUAA